GAGAGAAUCGACAGGAGCAUCAGACCAACCGUAGAGAGCAUAAUCACGGACGUGGUAUCGGUGAUCAAAUUCGGAUACAUGGCAACUCUUGAAGAUUCUUUCUACGCAGACCUUGACGAGUUAUCUGACAAUGAAGCAGAACUGGAUGCUAGAACAGAGGAGGAAGACAAUAUUGACAUGGAAGACUUAGAAACCCUAAACUUAGAUGAUCUCUCGAGAGUUUCUAAGCUACAGGAAACUCAUAGAUACGCUGAUAUAAUGCAUAAACUGGAAAAGGCUCUCGGGAAGGAUUCGGAUGGAGGAGCAGAGAUGGGAACUGUAUUGGAAGACAAGCUUAUCGUUGAUUGCAAUCAGCUCUCAGCUGAUAUCGAGAAUGAGAUUGUGAUCGUCCACAACUUUAUCCGCGACAAGUACAGACUUAAGUACCCAGAGCUUGAGUCGCUGGUACAUGACCCAAUAGAUUACGCCCGUGUCGUGAAAAAAAUUGCCAAUGAGACAGAUAUAACUCUUGUUGAUAUGGAAGGCCUUCUUCAACCAGCUACUGUUAUUGCUGUUUCAGUUACUGCUUUAACCACAAAAGGGAAACCACUUCCAGAUAGUAUCCUACGAAAGACGUUAGACGCUUGUGAUCACGCUAUUGUUCUUGAUUCGGCAAGGAAAAAGGUUCUUGAGUUUGUUGAAAGUAAGAUGGGAUCUAUCGCACCAAAUCUCGCUGCUAUUGUCGGGAGUGCUGUUGCAGCCAAGCUUAUGGGAACUGCUGGAGGUUUAUCGGCACUUGCAAACAUGCCUGCUUGUAAUGUUCUAGUUCUUGGCCACAACAGGAAGAACCGUGUCGGAUUCUCUACUGCAAUGUCACAGUCUCGUGCGGGUUAUUUGGAGCAGACAGAGAUUUUCCAAAGCACGCCUCCUGAACUUCGAAUGCGCGCUAGCAGGCUCUUGGCUUCAAAAUCGACUUUGGCAGCAAGAGUUGACGCUACUAGAGGAGAUCCAUCUGGAACAAACGGGAAAGCUUUGAGGGAGGAAAUCCGCAAGAAUAUUGACAAGUGGCAAGAGCCUCCUCCUGCAAGGCAACCUAAGCCACUUCAUGUUCCUUAUUCUGUGCCUAAAAAGAGAAGGGGUGGUCGCCGUCUAAGAAAAAUGAAAGAAAGGUAUCAAGUGACAGACAUGAGAAAGUUGGCCAACAGGAUGGCGUUUGGUACACCCGAAGAGAGCUCUCUUGGUGAUGGAUUAGGUAUCGGAUAUGGAAUGCUUGGUCAGGCUGGGAGCAAUAGGCUGCGUGUUUCGAGCAAGCUGAAAGUUAAUGCUAAGGUCGCCAAAAAGCGACAGUUCACAGGUGGUUCUACUACCUCUGGUUUGAUGACAUCAAGUCUGGCUUUCACUCUUGUGCAAGGAAUAGAGUUGUGCAAUCCUCAGGCAUUAGGAUUAGUGAGUGGGAUUCAAAGCACUUACUUCUCAGAGUCAGGAACUUUUUCCAAACUCAAGAAGAUUUAAACUUCCCACACAGAGAGAAACAACAAUAACAGGACAUCUCCAAUGAACCUAUAUUUCUUACAAAUGAAUACUAGAUUUUAUAACGUUUUGACUUAUAAGUUUUACGUAAGUCCAAAACUGCAGAAUGUAUUCUCGGCAAUUGACGUCUCCUAAAAAAUUAAUGUACUCUGUUGUUGAAACAGCCUUCUGCUUCAUGUACAAUUGUUGUUGUAAUAAAGUUUCUGUGAUUGG